AUGUCCUUCAUGGACAUCAUCCAGGACGACUUUUCCUCCCUCGACCUUCACGAACCACUAUCGCCAUCUCAUUCCGGCCAACCAAUCAAUAACGACAGAUUAGCCCGCAUCAUGGAAAUCCGACGCCUCGAAAGCCCAGAUCUCAACCCGCCCAGGUACCACGACCCAUCAACACCACCCUCCUCACCACCACAGCCAUCUUCCACCUCAUCAUCCCCCGGAACACCCGGAUCACCACCCAAACUACCACCAUCCCCCCCUCAAUUCCCCCAAUUCUCCCUCUUCCCAGGUGAACUCCAAAACCUAAUCUGGGACCACGCCGCCCAGCUCCUCUCCUCCCCAACCUCGACCCCAGGAAUCCACUUCCUCCUCCAACCCCCCCUCUUAAGCCCCAACACCCCCCCUCUCAUCCGCCCGGCCCCCUUCCAGCUUUCUACUCCAUGGCUCACCAACGACCUCGACCUCAUCCCAACCAGAGACUCCUUCUGUCUCAACCUCGCAAACCUCCUCCUCACCUGCCGCGCCUCUCGCGCCGCCAUUCUCCGCAACAACGCCUCUUUCCCAUUCGCUCACAACAGAACUAUCCUAAGGUCUCUCCCCCAAAAGGGGUAUCCAGUGUUGUGCCCCGCAAAGUCCGUCGACUUGUCCCUCGACCUCCACCGAGAUUUGGUGUCACUAACCUCGGCCAAUGGCACCUGUGACGAAGUGAGGAGGAUGCUCGAUUUUACCGACGGUAACCACUUCAUCUUUUCGGCGGCGAGGAAAUUUGCGGUGAGGUAUGGGUUAGGCUGGGAACUGCCGACUCCGGGCCCGUUUCAGCACGACAGGCGGUGUCCGACGGGGUGGAUGGGGAUGAGGGGAGGUGGGAGGCCGGGGUUUUGCUCGAGGUGUGUGGGGAGGUUGGUUGAGCGGUUCAGGAGGUUGGAGGAGGUUUGGGUUGUGGUUGAUUUGCCUGAAAAGGGGUGGAAAAGGGUUGAUGGCGGGUGGGGGAGGAAAAAGGAGUUUGAAGGGUGGGAUAGGCGGUGGUUUGCUGUUGAGGGGGUGGGCGUUGUGGGGGAGGAGGGGAAUGGUAAUGGGGGGGUAGUGGAGGAGGGGUUGGAGGUGCUGGAGAGGGUGAAGAGUAAUUUGGUGAGUUCUUUUUGGAGAUAUAGGUUUGAGAUGGAGAGGGAAGUGGUGCUGAUGAGAUGA